AUGUCAUGCUCUGAGAGAUUCGUUUUCACGGCGUCCUUGGUUAACUCUUUCGUGGACUACCGUCCAAAGGAGCCCCCCUCUGUGGCCCACCCUCACCAGCACGUCGCCCGCUCUGACCCGGACUGCAGUGUCCAAAAUAACUGUGGUUCCGUGCCAAACACGGCCAUACCCGGGACAAUGAACCAGCACCAGCCGUUGCAGCCGCCAGAAGCAAUGACCCAGCCUCGAUACCAAUACCACCAGGGAAUACUGAACUGGGACGUGCCACACUUGAGCCCGGUCCGGGUGCCACAGGUCAGUGCGUGCCCUUACAGCGCGUCAAACAGAAAAGACAACUCCUCCUAUUUGCUUCUGGAACCUGACAACCACUCAAAACCGUCACCGGACGUGUCUGCCUUCACCAGACUAAUGUCAGAGAUGGGCUCCAUGACGGGCGGUUCUGGUCCAAUUCAGGGCUACUUCCGCCCGGAGCAGUCAUACUCGGGGAUCAAAGUCCAGGAGUACAACAACUGCGUGCACAGCUUGCCCACGACCAAUUCACCGCGCUCUCCCCACUCAGACUCGCGCCAUUUGUGCAACUUGAGCUUCCCGGUGCUGCCAUAUCCAGACAAUGACUUCAAGCGCGUUAUUGAUGACUUAGCGCUGGGCAGCAGUGAGUGUCAAGCCCAGAGAGGCGACAGCAGCAGCAUCACCCUGGCCAGUCAGACCAACACGGAAGACUUGGUCAUAGGUUUACGGCGAGACAAGCCCUCAUCAGUCUUACCCGAGGGCGAUAAAAGUCCCAGACAGGAGACGCAAGAGGACGCAACAUUCGAAAAUGAUGCGUCCCGUGGAUGGCUGUGGGCGAAGGCGGGGAGGAAGAAGCGCUCUCCUUACACCAAAUACCAAACCCUGGAGCUGGAAAAGGAGUUCCUCUUCAACAUGUAUCUGACUCGCGAUCGCCGCCUGGAGAUCGCUCGCAGUGUCAACCUCACUGACCGCCAAGUCAAAAUCUGGUUCCAGAACCGCCGCAUGAAGUUGAAGAAGAUGACACGGGAACACAGAACCAGGGACACGGUCACACAUUUCCCCAUCUGAUUCCUCACAAACAUGGUGCGCAGAGACAGGCCUACAUGGACAGGAGCACGGGAUGAUGCAAAGUCAAUAAUAGGAUGGACCAUAUACUGAAGGAUGUGGAUAAUAGAGGUUCUGAUCUGAAGGAUGGCCUGGAUGAAAGUACUGUCUAUGUCCUAUACACUUUGCAUGAGGAUAUGGUGGCUGUUACCGGUUACACUUGAGUUUUUCCAUGAUGGAGAAAUAUCGGGAAGCUUUUUCUUUCUCCAUACCCCUGUCCCGCAACACCCUUCAUAAAAGCACUUUAUUUGAUUAUUGUCUUGUAGUUGUUUCUUGAUAGCUCAAUAGAAUGAUUGCAACGUUGCUUAAUUGGUCUUUUUUGCCAGAAAUAGGCUACCGUCUUGAAUCGAAAACUAUUGUUUACAGUUCAUGCUAGGCUAUGGGAAGCCAAUUUUAAAGGAUUAUUUUAUUUAUGACGCGAGCACUAUUUUAUUUAUUUUCGGACGCAAUAUAUUUGUAAGCGCUGGAAAAUGUGCACCAAUAAGCACAAUAUGUUGAACUUUUGUAACGGAUUUUAAACAUGAUUUCUUGUUUAUACGGAGUCCUUUUUUCAGCUUGACUUGAAACAAAGGAUGUGUUGAUUACAAUAAUGAAUGAUUUGAUUAUUUAAAAAAAUACCUUUUUGUUUUCUAAAUGAGAGCAUUUGAAUUAAAGGUUACGCUUUCGGUGAUAUAGGGAAACGUGUUCCUACGCACAUGAGCCCUUGAGUUUCCAAAAGGCAAGCCUGGGAUAUAAUAUAUACUUUUGUCUUGUAUUAUUCAUUUCUAAGCUAAUAUUUGUUUUGAUAUAGUUUCGCCUAUCACUUCUGCUUGAAUAAAUAUUCCCCAGUUCCCAUAUUUCUUCAUUUGCAACUUCGAUAUGUAUAGAUGGAGAAAAACUGACAGAAUAGUUUGAUUUGAGUACAUCCCAUUGCAACAACUUAGGGUUCUAGACACCUAUUACCCCCCUUAGCCCAUUCCUCUUCCUAGGAGCCGACUCCUACCAGGUCAUAUGAGCUCCAGUAAUGUGAUUAUUCUAUCCUGUAGUGAUGAUUGUAAUUGCUGUAACUA